AUUCUGCACCCCUGGAAUUUUCGCAGCAUUACUAAAAGAUUUUGAUGGGUUUAGAUUCAAGCUGUGAUUAUUAAAUCAAAAGAUCUAGUAGAUCAAAUUCAAUCGGAUCAGAUAAAACGUAUUAAAAAGAAAGCAAAUGAAACUCUUUCAAUAAAUAUAUUUAAUACUGAACAAGGUCAAUCAACAACUGGUCUUAAUGGACAGUUUAUUCAUUCUCAAUUAUUAAUUGAUUGUUUACUUCGAAUGAAUCCAACAACGAUUGAACAAGAUGAAUUUGUGUCUGUAUGUAAAGAAGAAUAUAAAGAUAAUCAACAUGAAUUAUCAAUAAUAAAUGAUUUUGAAAAAAAUUAUACACCAUCACGUGCAAUUUGGUGGUAUACAAGACCAUCAUUUCUUUAUCGUUUAUUAAAUAAAGCAUUACAAUAUCAGUCAUUAAAUGUAAUACGUGUUUAUCGUGGACAAUUAAUGAUAAAUGAUGAACUUCAAAUAUUAAAAGAUUCAAUUGGAAAAUUCAUUUCGAUAAAUUCAUUUUUUUCAACAAGUCUUAAUCGAGAGCUAGCCGAAGUUUUUUCUCGUGAUUCUGAUAAUUGUGAAAGAGUUCUAUUUGAAAUUGAUGCUAAUCCACAAUUAACUAAUGAAAAACCAUUUGCUAAUAUAAGUACAUAUAGUUAUUUUCCUGAUGAAUCCGAAGUAUUAUUUAUGUUAGGUUCAAUAUUUCGAUUAGUGAAUAUAUCAUGUAAUGACCAUGGUCUAUGGAUUAUUCAUAUGGUCUUAUCAAGUGGAAAUGAUCAUGAUUUAAAACCAAUAUUUGAACAUAUGAAAAAUCAACAUAGUCAAUAUAAAACUGAUCUUCUUUCAUUUGGUCAUGUUUUACGUGAUAUGGGUAAAUUUGAUGAAGCAGAAAAUUAUUAUCGUCGAUUACUUCAUCCAUUACCAACUGAUAGUCAAGAAUUAGGUCGAUGUUAUCAUGCACUUGGUGUAAUUAAAUAUGAAAAAGGUGAUUAUGAUUCAAGUUUAAAUUGGCAUUCAAAAGCAUUAGAAAUAAAAUUAUAUUCAUUAAAAUCUAAUGAUCCACAAUUAGCCAAUAGUUAUAAUAGUAUUGGUACAAUUUAUGAAAGAAAAAAAGAUUAUACACGUGCAAUUCAAUCAUUUCAUAAAUCAUUAACUAUUCUUAAACAAGCAUUUGGUGAUGAUCAUCCAAAAGUAGCUAUAUGUUUAAAUAAUAUUGCUGGAAUAUAUCAAAUUGAAAAAAAAUAUAAUGAAGCAUUAAAAUAUAAUCAAAUAGCUUUAAAUAUACGAGUAAAACAUCUUCCAGCUGAUCAUCCUGAUUUAGGAGCAUCACAUAGUAAUAUAGGAAUUAUCUAUCGAUGUCUUGGUCAUUAUAAUUUUGCAAUCGAACAUCAUAAUCAAUCACUUAAAAUUCAUCAAAAAUCACUUCCACCACAACAUCCACAGAUAGCAUCGACAUUGAAUAAUGUCGGUCUCGUUUAUGAGGAUGAAAAUGAAUAUCAUCAAGCAUUAGAAUAUUAUGAAAAAGCUGCUCUUAUCUAUCGUCAUGCAUUACCUUCCACACAUCCAAAUAUUAUUAAAACUGAUCAAUUUAUUCAACGAGUACUAUUGAAAAUGAAAUAA